CCAAUACACAUCCAGCGUGCACAACGCUUCAUAAAAAUCCGGGUCGACCGACAAGUGGAGUCAGGCACGUCCUCUGACUGGUUAUUGCACAUACCCGAGGCGGGAAUCCCUGGUCGAUGCCCUAAAGAUCGGCGAGUAUAUAUUCUCCGCGUGAGCCACCGGUUCGAGGUUGUUGGGCUGGAUGAAUCGUGCGAAUUGAGAGCUCGUGAUGUCUAAAGAGGACCUGGAAAAGGGCACUGAGCCCGUUGUGGCGCCUGGUGAUGAGCAGAAUGCGCAGAAUGCCAACCAGGUCGACUGGGAUGGCCCCGACGACCAGGAAAAUCCGUUUAACUGGCCGGCAUGGAAAAAGAUGCGCCAGUUGGUCUUGAUGGCCUUUAAUACCUUCAUCACUCCCCUCGCCUCGUCCAUGUUCGCCCCCGGCGUGGCGGAUGUGAUGCGUGAAUUCAAGUCCACCGACUCCAUGCUGGCGUCCUUCGUCGUCUCCAUCUACGUCCUGGGAUACAUGGUCGGUCCGUUUCUCAUCGCACCGCUGUCCGAGCUAUACGGCCGAGUGCCGUUGUAUCAUUCGUGCAAUGUGUUGUUUCUCAUCUUCACCAUCGCCUGUGCCGUCGCUCAAACCAUGCCGCAGUUGAUGGUAUUCCGGCUGCUGUCCGGCAUCGCGGGCGUGUGUCCGCUGACCAUUGGCUCGGGGACGGUCGCAGACAUGGUUCCUAAAGAGAAACGAGCCGGUAUUAUGGCUAUUUGGGCUUUGGGGCCGAUCAUGGGCCCUGUUAUAGGGCCCGUGGCGGGCGGGUUCCUGGCCGAAGCGGAGGGAUGGCGGUGGGUGUUCUGGGUGAUUGCCAUUGCAACCGGAGUCAUGACCAUCGCAUGCAUGAUCUGCUAUCGCGAAUCAUAUGCGCCCGUCGUGCUGGAACGCAAGGCGGCUCGUCUGCGCAAAGAAACCGGAAACGAGAAACUGCAGUCCGUCCACUACAAGGGCCGCCUCACCCUCGAUCUCUUCCUGUCGGCGAUGGCUCGACCCAUGAAGCUGCUGUUUCGCUCGCCGAUCGUGUUCCUGCUCGCUCUGUUCGCUUCGAUCACCUACGGCUACCUUUACCUGAUGUUCACCACGUUAACCCCCAUCUUCGAGGACGUGUACGGCUUCUCCCCGGGCGUCGCGGGUCUCGCAUACCUAGGCUUUGGCAUCGGCAGCCUUCUCGGUCUAAUUAUCUGCGGCGCCGUCUCGAAUCGCAUCGCAGUCGCCCACUCGGCCCGCGGAUGCUUCACACCUGAAUCGCGUCUCCCGCCGAUGUUGGUCGGAUGCUGGGCCAUCCCCAUCGGCCUGUUCUGGUACGGCUGGUCAGCCAAGGCCCAGACGCACUGGAUCGUACCGAUCCUCGGCACGGGGGUGUUCGCGGUCGGAUUAAUGACGGUGUUCAUGUCGGCCAACACGUACCUGGUCGACUCGUACUUGCGAUACGCCGCGUCGGUGACGGCCGCCAACACGGCGCUGCGAUCGCUAGUCGGAGCCGUAUUACCUCUGGCGGGACCGUCGAUGUACGAUGCGUUGGGCCUGGGAUGGGGCAACUCCUUGCUGGCGUUCAUCGCGCUGGCGAUGUGCGUGUGCCCACUGCUGUUCUGGCGGUAUGGAGCAGCGAUUCGCACGCAUCCUCGCUUUCAGGUUCGGCUGUAAUCGGCGAUGAUCCUUCAGCUGCAUGUCGGCAGUUUCUGGCGUGAAAAAGUGGCUUUUCGGGUCUGGUUUGGCGGAGUUGCAUGGCUGCAUUGCAUGGGUUAGCGCUAGAAUACGAAUUGCAUAAAUCACUUCUUGACAGGUCCUAGUCUUCCGUGUGAGAUCAGGAUUAUUUCGUCUAUUUCCUUGCGUC